AUGAAUAGUGUGAUGAUGGUAAUGAUAAUGCCCUUGAUGGAUGUCAUCAUUGUUAAAUAUAAUGUUAUGAUCAUUGUUUAAAAUGUAAUCAAGGGAUUUGUUUAAAAUGUGAUGAAAUUAAUGGCUGGUAUUUAACAGGUGCUAAUUGUGAAUUUGUAUGUGGAGAUGGAAUUGUUGCUUAGGGACAAGAACUUUGUGAUGAUUCAAAUUUCAAUCCUUUCGACUUAUGCAAUAAUUUAUUGUAUGCAAUGCUAAAAUGGAGAUUGUCUUAAAUGUGAAAUUGGCUUUGAAUAAGAUUCAUAUACUCGAUAAUGCAUUCAAAUAUGUGGUGAUAAUUUAAUUGUAGAAAACGAAUAAUGUGAAGAUUAGAUGAUUCCAUCAUAUAUAACAUACUGUGAAAAUUGUUAAUUUAAAUGUCAUCCCAAUUGUAUUGUAUGCAAGUUUGGUAAAUGUCAAGAAUGUUAAAUUGGUUAUAUGUUAAUCCAUAACGAAUGUGGAGAAAUUUGUGGAGAUGGAUUAAUUAUUGGGAAUGAGAUUUGUGAUUUAUUCAUAUAAGAUGUCAAUUCUAAUUGCUACAAUUGUAAUUAUAAUUGUCUAAGUGGCUGUUUGGUUUGUAAUUAGGGUAUAUGUCAAAUUUGUUAAGAUGGAUAUUCCUUAGAUGAAUUUUAGUGUAAACCUAUCUGUGGAGAUGAAUUAAUUGUUGAAUUGGAAUUGUGUGAUGAUGGCAAUUAAAUACCAUAUGAUGGGUGUGAUAGUUGCAACUUUUCUUGUGAAGUUACUUGCUAAUAAUGUGAAUUCGGUAAAUGUACAUAUACCGAUGAUGAUGAUGAUCCUACUAUUGAUUGUACCCCAGAUUGUAAAAUAUGUGCACAACAGAAUAUUUGUUCUGGUUGUGAGGAUAACUUUCAAUUAAUUAAUAACCAAUGUGUUCCUAUAUGUGGAGAUGGAAUCAUUAUUGAAGGAUUAGAAGAAUGUGACGAUGGAAAUAAUUUACCAGAUGAUGGAUGCUAUCAAUGUCAAUUUUAAUGCUCAAACGGUUGCGUCGAUUGUCAAUAAAGUCAAUGUAAGAAAUGUGAUGAUUCAUAAUAUACCUUGGAUAUAUAAACAGCUAAAUGUUUAGAAAAAAUCUAAAAUUAAACUGAUACUAAUGUUGAUCCAUCAAUCUUAGAAUAAUAGUAAUAGACAGUUCUAAGAUGCGGAGAAAAUCAAUUACUAAUUGAUAGUAAAUGUGUUAAUUAGUGCGGAAAUGGAAUACUGAUUAAUCAGUAUGAAGAAUGUGAUGAUGGAAAUAGUUUUGGAGGAGAUGGAUGCUCUUCCUUGUGCAAUAUUGAAAAUUCUUAUAAAUGUGUGAAUUAAGAGGGAUAAUUAAGUUCAUGCACAUUUAAUAGAUCUCCAGAAUUUGUUCUUAAUAUUUUAUCCGAUAAAACAAAUUCGACAUAGAUGUUAGAAUUAAUUUUCACUUAAGAGGUUAAAUUAUAAACGGAAUUAAGGUUUGAUGAACUAGCUUUUUUUACAAUAGCCACUUAAACUCAAUAUUUAUUAACCAUCAGUUUCAUUUAAAAUAUUUCUACUCAAUUGAGCAAUCCAAAAUAUUAAAUCUCAAUCUAAUUUCUCGAACCCAUAAUAGAUCCUAUUCUAUAAGUUGAAGUAGAGAGAUCCAUAAUACAGAACUAAUUUGAAUAAGAUCUAUAAGAUUAUUAAAAGUCAAUCAUUCUCGGAACUCCUUUUGUCUUGCCUGAAACUGCAAAAAAAUAACUGACUUCUAUUGUUUAAAUUAAUGACGUUAUGAUGUAUUCCAUGGUAAGCGUGUCAAGUUUGGCAUUGCUGACUGGUAAUGCUAUUAUGUUCUUUAAUUUGCUAGAUUUAUUACAGUCCUUAUCUUAUAUCAAAUUUAUGCAAUAUCAGUUUCCACCACAUUUAAAAGAAUUUCUGAAUACAUACACAAAAGUUUCAUUGCAACCAAUUAUGAAUUAUUUUCAAGUAGAUUAAUUAUUGGCAAAGUUAAAUGGAGGUACUCUUCCUUAUUAAGUCAGCAAUAAAUCUCAAUAAAAAUCCACAGCAAAUGCUUUAAAUUAGUUUUAUUUGCUCAAUGCAAAAAGUUGCUAUUUCUCUGUCUUGGCAUCAAUAUUAACUUAUCUAAUAUAUUGUAUUAUAGUGUCAGAGAGUGUUUAAGAAUUCUUAUUUAAGUUUUACAAUGAAAGAGAUCCAAAUUCUAAAAUUCUAAAACUUAUUGAUUUUUUUUAAUAGAAGAUUUAGAAAAAGUGCUUAUAGUUGAAGUUCGAAUAUUUCUCUUUAGGUAUAUUUAAACUUUACUAAGCAAUUUUACAUUAACUUAUUUUCAGCACAUUAUUACAAUUUCCAAACUAUUAAUUUAAUAGUGCAUUUGAAAUUUUCAACAGCAUUAAUGCAAUUGUUGGAUUACUUUUUGUUAGUUUUGUGACUUUCAAUUUAUUUACCAUUACUUCUGCUCAAAUAAAAGAUUAAAGGAAAUGGAAAUAUUUUUAUUUCGAAUCAAAAACUUCUUUUUGGUAAGUUCAUUGUAAGUCCUUUUAAAUUUACAGAGUAUUAUUUUACAUAAUGAUUAUUGUUUAAUUAAUGAAUUAUCCUGAAGCAUAAUCAAUUUUACUCUCUAUGCUUUCAUUUUUCUAUUUGAUUUACUUAAUCAAAUUUAAACCAUUGUAAUCUCAAUUCGAACUUCUAAAAUUAAUUUUUAGAGAGUUGCUAGUGAUGCUAAUAACUGGAACAUUUCUAAUAUAUAGUUUUGAUUUUAGUUAGGAUAAUUAUAUGCUUUUUGGUUGGAUUCAUAUAGGUAUGUUUUGCUCAAUUUUGGCUUCUAAUCUAUUCAUCGAUAUCUAUGUGUAAAUCUAGAAAAUCUAUGAUAACUACCUGCAAAAGAAAAUUAAAGAUCAAAAUGAAUAAGAGAGAAAAUAUUAUUACAAUCAAUUGCAAAGUUUUAUAUUAAAUGAUCGAGAUUUUAACCCACAAAAUAAGUGUAAUCGAUGA